CUUAUACAUAUAAAUAUAUUUAAUCAACAUGACUUGUUAUUAUGAUCUUGUUAGAUACCCAACAUCGGAUACUAUUAAAAUAGUUACUUAUUUAUUAGAACGAAUUACAAAAACAAAUGAUAAACUUCAAUAUUCUUCACGACAGUCUCCUUAUAGUUGCUUUUACGCAAGAUCUAUUCCAACUAUUGAUAUACAAUCUUAUCUUGCACGUAUUUUAAAGUAUUGUCCUUGUGCAAAUGAAUGCUUUAUAAGCCUCUUAAUUUAUCUUGAUCGAAUGUCUCGGAAUUUGACUGGAUUAAGAAUAGAUUCAUAUAAUAUACAUCGUCUUAUCAUAACAGGUAUUAUGGUUGCUAGUAAAUUCUUUUCUGAUAUGUAUUAUACAAAUGCUAGAUAUGCAAAGGUAGGAGGAUUACCUGUAACGGAAUUAAAUGCUCUUGAAUUACAAUUCUUAAAAUUAAAUAACUUCAAGUUAAAUAUUCAAAUUGAAGAAUUACAGCAAUAUGGAAAUCGAUUAUUAAUGCACUGGAAUAAUCGUAUAAAGAGUAUCAUUUAUUUAAAAAAAGUUGAUUUUUAUAAAAAGGAAGAUUAUCAACCCAUAAUUUGUUAUACAACUACUGCUGGUCACAGGUUAAAUCAUUCACAAACUAAUACUAAAAAAAUUCAAUCUUGUUCUUCUUCCAAUUUAUUCAUAAUGCAUUCAACAGAUACAGCAGAUAAACUGGAAUCUAUUACUAAUUGUUAAACUAAAAUCAAAAAGAAGAAGGGAAAAAAAAAUCUGUAAAUAUAAUU